AUGAGCAGGUGGUAUCAGGAAAAAGACUCUGUUGUAGGAAAGCAUUUAGAUUAAUUCUGGCUUUCCUUUACAUGAGGUGAUGAGAGGAUGAAAGUGACAGCCUAAUGCAUGAUGAAAUUUACUAAGCACAAUUUUAUUUUUUUACUUGGUGGAAUUAUAAUUUAUGUAGUUGAUAUUGGAGUGGACUUCUGGGUAGCUAGUAAAUAUUUCUGUCAAGGACAAUAUUCUUGGAGUAUAUUGAUACUGUGUUUUAGAGGUCUUUCAUUAUUAAUAAUGCAGAUAUUCAGUUAUGAGUGGUUUAAAAACGACUGGGAAGGUACUGAUACUGGGAAGCUGAAAUGGAUUUUCCUAGUUCAUCUCUUCCAGUGUGGAAUUUUUAUAAGGUAUUGGUUUGCUUUGAAAUAUGGCUGCCAAGCUGCAUUUAAACAAAAAGACAGUGGAGAUGCACCAGAAACAGACUCUCCCAACCUCCUUCAAAAACAAGCCAUUGAUGUAAUGACUGAUAUUAACAUGCUCAGGGUAUUCAAGACUUUUCUUGAGACGACACCACAACUCUGUGUCCAGAUUUACAUCCUCAUGGAACAUGGCAAAAGUAAUUUUUCUCAAUAUGUUGCCAUUAUUAUGUCCUUUUGUGGUAUCUCCUUUUCAGCGGUUGAUUAUCAGAUCUCAUUACGAAAAUCUCUGCCUGAUAAAGAUGAAUUUCCUGUGCUUUCCAAGUUAGUGUAUCUCUUCUACAAGCUGCUUACCAUCACUUCUUGGAUACUCAGUAUUACACUGAUCACACUACUAAGUGUUAGAAGUUCUGUAAUUCUGCUGAUACUUCUUUGGAUCUGUGGCUUCACCUGGACUGUGAAACAACAUACAACAUUUUGCAAAUCUAAGAAGAUGGAAUAUCUGUACAGAACUGUUGUUGGAAUCAUUCUAAUUUUUACCUUUUUUAACAUAAAGGGGAGGAAAACAAAAGUUUGCAUUUCUAUUUAUUAUGCUACUCACACUGUUGUAACUCUAGGUAUUCUGUUUGUAUACCUGUCCUGGAAACCUUCCAUUAUUAAGGAAAUAAGCUUUACAAUUGUGAGCAUCCUAACUAUUCUUAGUCUGGUGUUAGGUAUUAUUUUUCUUGUUGUUUAUUAUAGGUGUUUUCAUCCCACUGCUUAUUGCAGACCACAGGAAUGUUCAGAUGAAGUUGAUAGAGAGGCCGGACACAAAAACAGCGUGAAAACUUGUAGAUUUCAGAAUUUCAUAAUGCAGUGA